AACGUGUCGCAUUCAUGUGUGUGUAAAGUGUGUUCCUUUCGGAGUAUAUAUAUCCUGUAAACAGUCGAAGUUGCGUAUUUCAGUGAGAAUUGGUGUAAUAUUGACGGCGCUCUAAUUUCGGAAUCAAGGAUCUGAGUAUUUAUUCGUGUGGCAAAAUUUCUUCAAUAUAGUUUCUAUAAGGCUGUUGAUAAUUAAAUCAUGGCACAUCCCAACCAGCAGAGAGCCUCGCCUGCAAAAAGUGUACAUGCCGGGUUUUCUGAGCGCGAAAAAUCUUCGAACUCUUCGUCGCUCAUCGCCUCAGCGAUUACAUCAGCGUCUCCGUCGAAUUUGGCAAGAUUGGAAAGGUUCUCUCACUGGAUCCAGCCAGUGAUGAGUAACGAAGUCGGUCCAAUAAGGGACGACGACCGCACGUCCCUGCUGUCGGUGGCGUCCCGAGACGUGCCGCACAUGGCGUACAUCAAGUACACGGACAUGCCAAUCUCCAUGCAACACGACGCCGUUUAUCUGACCAACCUGGCAUUCUCCGUGUGGCACGGGAUCGAGGCCGAAAUCGCGGGUUUCAUCAAGACGAAAUUCGAGGAAAAAUACGGCAUCCCGGGAACCCGGUCUUGGCACGUCGUGGUUGGACGCAACUACGGCUGCUUCGUCACUCACCGAACUGGAUACUUGCUCUACUUUUACUUCAGGGAGCUCGCCAUCUUGGUUUUCCGGACAGACGCGUAGCAUCGCGCAUAGCUUUGAGAAAGAUACGCAUCAAAGAGCGUUGUGGAUCCGACAUGAUGCCGAAGGUCGAAAUUGGAAAAGUACCGUGGGCGUAUACUGUAUAUACCUCUACUGUAAAGUUAAAUUGUGCCCCUUGGUGCAUAAUUAAAACAAUUAUAUGAGUGAUUCUUGAAUGAUCCAUUUCUAUUUUUGGAAUUUUUGUGAUGGAUAAAAAUGCUUCUUAUAUGUAAUGGCAUAAAAAGCCUGUACAGUCAACCCCGUCUAACGGACUUGAUUUGUGCAAGGGAUGAGUCUGUUAGACAAAAAGUCCUUUACACAAAUUCAAUUACAUAAAAAAUUAAAAAUUUCAAUUUUCAACACUAAUUUUAAACCAAAAGAAGUCUGUUUGGUGGAUUUUGUCUGUUGGGCAGGAGGAAAAACUGCUUGCAGAGCUGGUCUGUUUGGCAAAAAUCCCUUAUACGGGAGGUCUGUUAGGCGGGGGGCCACUGUAUUUUUUCUAUUGAGAGGGAUUUUUUCAUUACAGCUGGACCUUGCUGUCUUGAGUCUGAUCCCUAUUAGUUGGAAACUUCCCAGCAAUGUCUCAUUCUAAUCAAGCCCUUUUCUUAAUAUUAUACAUCAAGAACAAUAAAUGUGAUGUAAUUUGUACACCUCAUUAACUCCAAGACUUUCUUCUUAAUAACCCCCAUGUAAAACUUGAAGGCUGCUUAAACUCCUCAUUUCCUUUUGCUUUGGACCACAUUGCAUUUUCCAGCAUAACAAUCAAUGAACAUAAUGUUAUGCAUAAAUAAAUUCAUCACAGAAUGAUUUAGUUAAUUUCUUAUUAUCAUGCAAAACUCAUCACUGUGAUUAUGCUGUCUCACACAGAUAUUGUUCAGUAAAUAUAAACAGCUGAAAAAAAGGAGUUUACCCUGAGGCUAAUUUUACUGUUUUUGACUGUUCAUAUAUAGGGUGUAAAAGUUCGAAACACGUGAUGCGUUUUGAACAACUCAGAAACCCAUGUGACUUUGUGACUCUGAAAAAUGGAUGAUGCUGGGGGGCAGGAUAGCAUUCAUAAUCUUUUCACGUGCAAUCGUCUUCCAUAUGACAGCAGUUCAAGAGAGAUAAAUCUUAUCUCUCUGUGAAACCUGGUCUUCCAACCAUGAAGACGACUACAUGCUUUUCAUCCAGUUUCGCAUGAUAUAUACGCGAUGUUAAAAACAAUUGCGAAGAUUGAAGCAAUCGGAAAAAUACGAUUGUUUAAUUGUCGAAAAAGUUCUGGUUUAUAACAUGACUUCUUCUUUUUUUUUAGUGGUGCGGUAUUCAGGAAUGUCGAAGCUUCGCUGAACAUUCGGAAUACGUUAAUCUCACGGUGUUUUUUUUAUUAGGAAUAUAAUGAAUCAUAAAAAAAUUUUAAAAGCUAAAAUCAGGCUUUGGUGCUUGCUGGGUUUGUACGGAUCUUUGCUGGUCACUUCGGUGUUCGUUUCUUUGAGAGCUGGAGAGGAACAAGCUUCUUCAACGCCAUCUGCAGCAGUUCAGCAACAGCAGGUUUGGCUGACAAGGCAUUUGCUGCAGCAGCCUAAUGACUCCUCAACAGCCUUCUCAACUUCAGCAGAGAGACAUCCAACUACAAGAACACAUGAUGAUCUGACAAAUACAACAGGAAGACCAGUGCCCAGUAAUGUUCCUGACCAAGAGAACUGCACUCACCCUGCCAUAGAAGACUUUCCAUCAGACUUCUUCACUCCUGCUCAGCGGGUUCAUGGUGGAAUUUUGGUGCAUGUGAUAAUUGGGGCAUACACUCUGCUCAUUAUUGCAAUUGCCUGUGACGAUUACUUUGUUCCCUCAUUGGAAGGCAUUUCAGAAGCAUUGUCACUUUCACCUGAUGUGGCUGGAGCUACUUUCAUGGCAGCAGGCUCAUCAGCUCCAGAGCUUUUCACCAAUGUUGUUGGAACUUUUGUGACUGAGGGGGACUUGGGAGUUGGGACAAUUGUUGGUUCAGCAGUUUUCAACAUACUUGGAGUCACUGCGCUUUGUGGACUAUUUGUAGAUGAGGCAAUCCCAGUGGAUUUCUGGGCUCUGACAAGAGAUUGCACAUUUUACCUCAUAUCCGUUGUUCUUCUGAUCUUGGCAAUAAUGAAUGAGGUGAUCUACUGGUAUGAAGGAGCUAUUUUCCUAUUUUUCUAUCUUCUCUACAUAGUUGUGAUGAAGUAUAAUUCAGCAAUUGAAUUAAAGCUCAAGUGGUGGCUUGCCAAGCAAGGCGUGAAUGUGGACAAAUUAAAUCUCCAGGCUGCUGAUGAAAAUGUGGCAAGAGAAGCUUUCCUUUCUGCAAGACCAGGGCCAUCAUAUGCUUCAUAUGAUGUGGAAUUUGUGUCAAACUCAAAAGCUUCUCCAGUUUUGCACAAGUCAUACGAAUCCACAGGGUCAGGAAGUGGGGAAGAGCAAAGACCCACUUUCAGAGUCAGCCAUGAUGAUGGACAACAUGAUACUGAAACAAUCACUUUACUACCCAAGCAUCCUGAAGAUGAUGAUGGGGACUAUUGGGAAGAAUUGAUUGUGGCGCCAUCUAAAUGCAUCUUCGCCUUGUCUUAUUGGGUGAUCAGUUGGCCAGCAAGAUUUCUUCUAAAGGUUACAAUUCCUGACUGUACCACAAGAAAAUGGAACACUUGGUACCCACUGACAUUCACAAUUUCUAUAUUGUGGAUUGGUUUUAUGUCAUACAUCACUGCUUGGAUGAUCACUAUAAUUGGACAUACACUACAGAUUCCUGAUUCAGUGAUGGGACUAACAUUUUUGGCAGCUGGAACAAGUGUACCUGAAAUGGUUUCCAGCCUUGUUGUUGCCAGGCAAGGUCAAGGUUCCAUGUCAAUCAGUAACCUGGUGGGCUCGAACACCUUUGACAUUUUGGUGUGUCUUGGAGCACCCUGGCUAAUAAAGGCAUUCAUGUCUGGUCAAGUUUUGAUAGCAUCUACAGGACUUGUAUAUUCAGCAGCUGCUCUGCUGUCUACAGUUGUGCUUAUGUAUGGUGCCAUGUUUGCCACUGGAUUCCAACUUGGAAGGAAAGUUGGGUUUUCUUGUCUUUUACUGUAUGCAGUGUUCUUGGUUCUGGCUCUCCUGGUUGAGCUAAAUGUUUUUGGCUUGGUCAAUCUGCCAGUGUGUCCAACUACUGCUUGAGAGACUUGUUUGGGAUUUUUUUGUGGAAAAUGUAUGCAUUUUUUCAAGCAAAA